GAUCGAUCCACUUACGCUUAGUGAAGCUGUAGAAGCCUGAUAUUCGCUGUGUUAAUCAAACAUUCCACCGAACCUUGAUGCAUUUUCAUCCUCAAUCAAAUUCAUCAAUGUUGAAGACAAUCCCUUUGAUUCUUCUGUUCUAUUUUUUCUCAAUUUCACUGACCUUUUUUAAUAAUCGGUGUAUUAAGAUGUUCCCUUACCCACUUUCGAUCACACUUAUGCACAUGUGCUCAAAGUUUCUAUUCGCUUGGACUUUACGCGAGCUAUUCUCCUGGUACUAUAGAGUGAGACGCAUAGAGCUUCCCUGGUCCGCCUAUUUCAAAACAACUGCUAUUGCUGGCAUUUCCAGCGCCCUGGAUAUCGGAUUUUCUAAUUGGAGCUUUGAGUUUAUCACAAUCUCCUUGUAUACCAUGACCAAGUCUACCAGCAUCAUCUUUAUUCUUCUGUUCUCCGUCCUUUUUCGACUGGAACGACGGCGAUUCUCUUUGUUAUUGGUUGUGCUACUAAUAUCGUGCGGGCUGUUUCUUUUCUCCUACGAAUCGGCCCAGUUCAAUGGGAUCGGGUUCUCUCUGGUUCUGCUUGCCUCAUUCCUUAGCGGUAUCCGUUGGACCAUGGCCCAAGUGCUUACACAAACGAAAGAAUGGGGUUUAUCACAUCCGGUGGAUAUAAUCUAUCACACACAACCUUGGAUGGCGUUGGCCAUUCUCCCUUUAUCACUUUUUGUCGAAAGUAUGGAGCUGAUCACUUCAAAAAACCUAUUCCGUGCUCAGGAUUAUUCUCAGUUGACGCUUGAUCUGCUCUUCCUUAGUGUCGGUGGCAUACUGGCCUGUGGAUUGGAGUGCUCCGAGUACCUGGUUAUCAGUACGGCCUCUAGCCUCACUCUAUCUAUUGCAGGAAUAUUCAAGGAAAUCUGUACCCUAUUUUUAGCUGCCAAAUUCAAUGGAGAUCAAAUAUCUACAGUGAAUAUCAUCGGAUUUUUGAUCUGUCUUCUGGGCAUCACACUCCAUGUCUUCCUGAAGAUGAUACACCCCGAAUUCCACCCUGUUGUCAGUUGUCUCCAGGGCUGUGCAAUCGAAUCCUGGAUCACAUUAUGCACGAACUUGACAUCACAAUCUAGGGCUUCGUUUCGCCCCGACUUUUCGCAUCUUGCCACUAUAGGGCCCGGUGGAAUUGUUGACAACCCAAUCUCUUGCCGUGCAAGGUAACUGCCACCAUCUGAAUUCCCGAUUUAGCAACAAACUGCAGCGACGAGCGGGCCAUGCACAACUUACCAUCUUUGAGUUUUUGUUUUCUGCGCAGCGCUGCACCAAUCUGCUUAUAAUUGCUCCUUCUCCAUCGCCUAGAUAUCAUCGGUACACUCCGUUUAACUCUGUGUACCAUCUUCAUCAACCAAACAUCGAUGAUGGUUACGCUCACGCGACUGCUUGAAACGUACCGUCUCUCUUAUGCUCCAAUGCAUUUUGCCCUAUCAACGCAGCUUGCCGUUUUCAACUUAGGCCCCCACAGGCUAAUCGGUGUUUCUCCUGCCCCUCUCACAUGAUCACCGUUUUCAGUUCAUUCUCUGAUUCUGAGUUAUGCUGUUUUUACCCGCUUUUAAGGUUGCACUUGCAUGCGCUUCCACAGUAUGUCCUGUGACCGCUUCUUAGCCUUCCACAGAUCUGCAUGCACCCGCGUGUUGCUAUCGCGUCAUUUUGUGCUACGUUCUCAUUCAUUCUCCGUUCUUCUAAAAACACUCACAAUCCUCUUUCAUUUUAGAUAGCGGAUUUGUCCGUGUCACAGUGAUCAGGUGAUUCGGUGGUUACUGUUUCCAGACCAGUUUGUGAUACACUCCAGUCUUUCUCGUCUUCUUUCUGUUAGUUUGGUUUUGUUUGUACUUUCAGUCUCCAAACAAACCCAGCGUGAUUUCCUCUGCCCACACGUGUACAUUCCCCCGUCAGGUUUAUUAAGCUCUACUCUUUGACGUUCUGUAGUUUAAUUCAUUUUUUUAUACAUUUACAAAUGCCCUGGUGCUUUGGUAUUUGCACUUUUCUUUUUGAUCGAGCGGUCAAAUUUGAGGAGUGCUACGGAUGGCGCACAUGUUCACAUGCGAACCAAAGGAGGUCCGUGUCAGUUCCUACAACUAUGUCCGAGUGGAUCACGUUUAUCUCUGCUAUUCUCUCAGAGAUAGCGGGUGGUAUGGCAUUCGCACGGAUGCUUCCCUUGCGACAUUUUAAUACGGUGUCGAUCUUUUCUUAGCUACGUUGUUCUCUUGAACCCACCUUUAAGCACCGGACAAAACUGCUUUUUCGUGUAUUUCUUCCAGGGUACGUUUCACGAUGGUCUUAUCGCUAUCGCAAACACCACUCCGCC